AUGACCCAGAACAAGACCCUCAUCUUCAAGAAGAUCCCCACCGGUCUCCCGGUGGCGGGGGAGCACCUCACAAUCGAGGACCGCCCGAUCGACCUCAACGACGCGCCCGAGGGCGGCCUGGUCGUCGAGAUCCUCUACGCCUCCUUCGAUCCCUACCAGCGCGGCCGCAUGCGCGAAGCCGGCAAAAAGUCCUACGCCCCCGCCUUUGAGCUCGACGGCCCCAUCACGAACAGCACCAUCAGCAAGGUCCUCAAGAGCAACAACCCCGACUAUGCCGAGGGCGACCUCGUCUUCUCCCACACGCCCAUCGCCCAGUAUGCCCUCGUCACGCCCCAGAUCCUGCAGCAGGGCCGCAAAGUGCAGAACCCCCACAACCUGGACCUCGGGCUCUUCCUUGGACCUCUCGGCAUGCCUGGGUUGACUGCCUGGUCUGGUCUGCACAAGAUCGGACAGCCAAAGAAGGGCGAGACCAUCUUUGUGAGCUCGGCUGCGGGCGCCGUUGGUCAGCUCGUCGGGCAGAUUGCCAAGCGUGAGGGUCUGACUGUGAUUGGUUCCGUCGGUUCAGAUGAGAAGCUUGAUUUCAUCACCAAGGAGCUUGGUUUCGAUGCCGGCUUCAACUACAAGAAGGAGAAGCCUGCUGAGGCGCUUCCCAGACUUGCCCCUAACGGAAUUGACAUUUACUUUGAGAACGUCGGUGGGGACCACCUCGAGGCUGCUCUUACCAGCUUGAACACCGAGGGUCGGAUUGCUGUCUGCGGCAUGAUCUCAAAUUACAACACCCCCGCCGAUCAGCAAAAGGGCAUCAACGGUCUGAUGCAACUCGUCAGCAAGCAGAUCACCGUUCAGGGCUUCCUUGUUGGCAACCCCAAGUUUGGCCCCGCGUACUUCAAGGAGCACCAAGAGAACUUGCAAAAGUGGCUGUCCGAGGGAAGCGUCAAGUCCAAGUUGGCGGUUACUGAGGGGAUCGACAACGCUGCCGAUGGUCUGAUUGGCAUGCUUAUUGGACAGAACUUUGGCAAGGCCAUUCUCAAGCUUUGA